GCCAGUCUGGCGGGUGCCUGCAAGGUUGCCGGCUGGAAAAAGCACCUGCAAGCCCAUCAUUGGGUUCGCAUCUUACCCAGCCCUUUGACGACUUCACGUCCAAAUUAUCCCCCAAACGCGGCCUAGUCGAGCUGCUUUCGUUUCUUUGUGUUGCAACUCACCACGCUCCCUACUCUCGCCUGUUACCCAUUCCCGCUGCGUUCGGCGCCAUUCGCUGCCGCCGCCCGUCGCCCGAGACAUUCCGCGCAUCGCCUUUUCUGCGCACCUAGUCGAGCACCCCACGUAUUCACGCAUCCUCCCGGCGUAGUCUACCUGCCGCCGCCGGUCCCCGCCGCCGUUGUCGCCACACUCAACUAUCUUUCCGCGCCAACCAAGGGCGAAGGCGACCGUUGAACCUCCCUACCCGCCCAGGACUGAGCCGGGCCGGAUCCAACGACAAAAUCACAGCUGCCCGCGCUGCCAACCAUGGCCGCCAACGGGGCGCAGGAUAUCUUCACACCGGAGAAUGUUCUCCAGGCGAUGCUGGCCAUGCGCGGCCAGGAUCGUGAGAAGAAGGUGUUUGCCAUGGAGUACCUGGACAAAUUCCAGAAAUCGCAAGAUGCCUGGAAUGUCACGAUCGGGAUCCUGCAGUCCAGCACCGACGGCGAGGCCUUGAGCUUUGCGGCUAUUACCCUCAAAGGAAAAAUCACCUACGACCUCCACACCCAGGUAACCGAAAACGACCUUCCGGCUCUCCGGAGCCAAAUACUGGUCCUCCUGAAGAAGUUCUCGCCUGGCCCAAAGCCCGUCCGGGUUCAGCUGUGCGUCUGCUUGGCCAUCCUCGCCAUUCAUAUGAAGAGCUGGCAGGAUGUCCUGGACUCGGUCGUUGUGUCUCUUGGCGACUCCGUUGAGAGCCAUGCCUGCAUCCUGGACUUUCUCAAAGUGCUCCCUGAAGAAGUGACCGAAGGACGAAAGAUCACCCUGUCUGAAGAGGAACUAGCACAGAGGACAACCGAACUGCUCGCCGACAAUUCGACGCGGGUGGUCGAGCUGCUCAUCAACUACGCACAGUCUUCUGAGUCUGCCGCACGCAACCCACAACUGAUGGAGUGCAUCACAUCCUGGCUCCGGGAGGUCCCGGUCAACUUUAUCGUCAAGACGCCCCUGCUGGACGUGGUCAUCAACGCCCUCGGCCACGACCAGUCCUUGCAACAAGCUGCCGAGUGUCUAGGAGUCAUCUGCCAUGAAACCCGCGAGGUCGACGAGAACGUCGAGACCAUCCAGAUCCUCCUCCCCAAAAUAGUCCAACUCAGGCCCCUGAUCGAAAAGGCCGUCUCCGAAGAGGACACGGAGGCGUACAGGGCGCUUACCAGGCUGUUUGCAGAUGCCGGGGACGCCUGGGUCGUUGCUAUUGCCCGCGAGCCCCGCCACUUCCGCCCCCUGGUCGACAUAAUGCUGGAGUGCUGCGUCAGGGAUAAGGAGAGAGAUGUGAUCAGCUACACCUUUAACUUCUGGUUUGAGCUGAAGCAGUACCUUGUCCUUGACAUAUACUCGGAAGCCCGCAAGGACCUGGGCGAGGUCUACGUCAAGCUGGUCGAAGUUCUGAUGAAGCACCUCGAAUACCCCCAGUCAGACAACGAGAACGAGCUCGACCUGUUCGACGGAGACCGCGAGAUGGAGGAGAAGUUCCGCGAGUUCCGGCAUCGCAUGGGCGACACGUUGAAGGACUCCUGCGAGGUGCUCGGGGUGGUGACGUGCCUCACAAAGGUCCUCGAUUCCAUGAAGUUGUGGAUGCAGAAGUAUGGCAGCCAAGCCACGGCGACGAGCGUACCGCACUGGCAAGAGCUGGAGGCCCCGCUGUUCUCCAUGCGCGCCAUGGGACGCAUGGUCCCCAAGGAGGAGGACGUUGUGCUCCCGCAACUGAUGCCGCUGCUGGUUCAGAUGCCGGCCCACGAGAAGCUGCGGUUCGCAGCCAUCAUGGUCAUUGGGAGAUACACGGAGUGGACCGCCGAGCAUGCCGAGUUCCUGCAACCGCAGUUCAACUACAUUGUCUCGUCUUUUGAGACGGAUUCCAAGGAAAUCGUACGCGCGGCUGCCCAGGCGAUCAAGUACUUCUGUACCGAUUGCAAGCACCUGCUCAGCGACCAGGUGCUCCAGCUGCAGACCUUUUACGAGCAGAUCCUCGAUAAGCUCCCCGAGCCCAGCCAGGAGGAGAUUACCGAGGGUGUCGCCAGCGUCGUCGCUGUUCAAAAGCCCGAGGACAUCUACAGCCUCCUGAAGCUAUACUGCGAUCCUCUGUUCAACCGACUGAUGGUCAAGGCCGGCAAUGCCACCGACGAAGACAGCAAACUCGCUGUUGCAGACCACCUCCAGCUCAUCACCCUGUUUGUCCAAACGGUGAAGCCAUACGCCGCCGAAGGGCAAGAGAACCCCGCCGUCAAGUACUGGCAGGAGGUCUUCCCUGUGCUCUCCAAGGUUCUUGACAGCUUUUUGAACUUCCCGCCCAUCUGCGAGAGGGUCUGCAGAUGCUGGCGCUUCAUGGUGAUCUCGUACCGGACAGCCAUGACGCCAAUUCUCACGCCCAUGGCGGAGAAGCUGGCUAAUGGCUUUCAGGCCUCGAGGCAGGGCUGUUUCCUGUGGGUUACCGGGGCCAUUCUGCGAGAGUUCUCGGAGGAGCGGGAGCACGUGCCGGACUCGAUCUCGGAGGGUAUCUACUCCUUUUUCGAGGCGCAGGCCACGUCGGUCCUCCGGGUCCUCCACGGACUCCCCGCCGCAGAGGUGCCGGACGUCAUCGAAGACUACUUCCGUCUGCUGAUUGACGCGCUGCUGUUCUACCACCAGAAACUGAUACCGUCACCGCUGCUGACGCCCAUCUUCGAGGCGGCCCUGACGGCGCUCACGCUGCAGCAGCGCGACCCUCUCUCGGCGGCGCUGCACUACCUGCGGGACUUGCUUACUUAUGGCGGAGACAAUCCCGUGGGAUCCAGCAUGCCGCCCGCCACCAACCCCAACCUGGCGCAGCUCCGGCUGAUUGUGCGGCAGCUGCUUUCGACGCACGGAGAACUCCUUGUCAAGCAGGUUUUGGGUGGAAUGCUGAACACGUUUCCCCGUGACUGCUUUGCUGACGGCAGUGGUGUGCUUCUGGCCAUGUUCGAGCAGCUCCCCACGGAGACGGCCGAGUGGAUCGAGAGGGCGAUCGCGUCGUUGCCAGCGGGCUCCGUCAGUCCGACCGAGUCGAGCCGGCUCAUGCAGAAGAUCCAGGAGCGUCUCGCAGCCGGAGAGCAAGUGCGCCAGGUCCGGGCGCUGCUUCAGGACUUUACCAACACGUAUCGCCGACGCAACGUCCAGCAGAGGGAUGGACUUGGGCAGCUAGAUGCGUCCGUGUUCCACUUUGAGGGCUGAAGAGAUGGCCGACGACUGCUGUCGCCUCUUUCCUCAGCCACCAUUAGACCCGGGCCGCUAUUUCUUUGCUUUACCUUGACUUGUGCAGACGAACGGCCGUCUCCCGCGUAUAGAUGUUGAAACCUGAGCUGAUUCGUUCUCGGUUCCGUCCAUACGGUGAGCAAUCAGACAUUGCCGUCUCCUGCCCUUCCCACUAUUCCCCUACUCGUUCUUGAUAUUUCUCUUUGGCCUUUUGCCCGAGAUACAAUCUCGUCGCCUUUAAUGGAAUUUGGGUGUUUUCUGUGCUGGCUCAAUGGAAGAUUGAUUCAAACGCAAAAGCAUUUACUAUUAUGGAAGCUCAUAUGGCGGGAAGAUCUACUGGUGCGAAAAAGGACACGACACGACCGUUUGGGAAUCGGGAAGAAAAGGUUGGCAGCAAACGACCCAUCAGACAAACUCGGAGUUUGUUUCGUGAGGGUGGCCGUCUCGUGACCACCAGAAGAGGUCGAAAAUGGGAGGAUAUAGAUGCGAGUGAGGAUUCGUGAGGCGAAGUUGGGACUUUGGGAACCCGGGAGGAUAAGAUAGGUAGAUUCGGCAUGGAAGCGGGAGGGAAGGUGGCAAGCAUCACAACCCCUUGAUUUUACACGUUUUACUACAACAUCCUCCUCAGAUACGUCUCCAAGGAGCAGCCGUUGGAGGGUGGCUGGUUAGAAGCAGCCAGUCCACAAAGGCCAGGUAGGAGCAGCGACAUUCCGUGUUCAUUUCAUGUACAACGCCUUGCUCAGGGAUGGAGACGGUGCUUCUCAUGGACAGCGGCUCUGGCACAGGUCAGAUGGCAAUCCACUUGGCGAGCUGCUCUAUUCUAGAUGGGCGAGGCAAAAUCACAAUUACUUGUUAGCGACUAGUGUAUGUAGGUAUAUAGAAAGCGAUAGGUGCAGGUGUUUGGAAUGGUGGUGGUUGUUGGGACCCAAGAAAUGACAUCAAUUGUGCAUGCAUCCUGCGCCUGCCCCGCGGCCGACCCCUGUCGCUCCAUGGAGCUCC